AAUAAGCACCAUCAUUUCAAUUAAGCAUGUCAAUUCUAUACCUCGUGGCGCUACUACUACCCUUGGUGGCUGCUAAUGAUGAAGUUGAUGCAGCGGCCACCACGUAUCCAAGUUUACCCCAUAGAAUCCCUUAUAGAAGCUCAUCAAGAGUGGCUAGAGUUCAAAUAUUAGUGGCUCUACUACUAGGUCUUUCAGCAUUUUUGGCCUUUUCAAUUUUAAGAAUUAGAUACCCCAAAAUCUAUGUUGCUAACUUCAAUAAUCUUAACCAUAACUAUCUUCAUAGCUUAACUCGUCAAAAUUUACCGCGUUUACCUCGUACCUUAUUAGGCUGGAUUCCGGUUGUAUUCAAAAUUAAUGAAAAACAAGUAUUGGACCAUGCUGGUUUGGACGCAGUGGUGUUUCUAGGGUUUUUCAAAAUGGUCAUUAAAGUCUUAACCAUUUGUGUUCUAUUUGCUGUGUUCAUCAUUUCUCCAAUUCGUUACAAAUACACUGGUAGAUUAGACCUACCGGAUGAUAGCGACGAUGAUGAUGGUCAUAACACAACGGCUAUAAUAAAAUCCUCCUUGUUAUUGGGCACAAGAUUAUUAAAACAUCACGAUAAUGACUCGUAUGAAACUUUUCUUUGGAUGUAUACCAUAUUCACUUAUGUUUUCACGUUUAUAAUGGCUUAUUUCUUAUUCCUUCAAACAAUUAAGAUUAUCGAAAUGAGACAAACCUAUCUUGGGAAACAAAGCUCAAUCACCGACCGCACCAUUAAAUUACUGGGGAUUCCUCCAAUGCUCAGAAAUGAAGAAGAUUUGAAAAGACAUAUUAAUAGUUUGGGUAUCGGUGAAGUAGAUUCUGUCUUGGUGGUUAAAGAAUGGAAUAGCUUGAACGAUUUAUUCAAACUACGUAAAAAAAUCUUAAGAAGUGCCGAAGUUUAUUGGGUCGAAUAUUUUGAAGCCAAUGGUAUCAAAAGUAAAAAUGAUAUGAUGACUUCUACAAUUCAUCCUAAUGUUGGUAUUCCAAUUAAUAUUAACCGUGAUGCCGGAUUCUAUACCGAUGAAAGCGACGAUUUAGAAAAUCAAUCCGAUGGACAUCAAACUUUGGGCUCUGCUCGUUCAAGAAGAUCAAGCUAUUUAGAUCAAGUUUCUGAAUAUGUUCAAGCAGAAGCUGAUUUACCCGAUGAUACUUCUGGUCAUUUACCUCUACUUAAUGACGAAUUAUCUAAACGGCCUAAAAAAAGAAAAGGUCUUUUUGGUUUAUUCGGUCCUAAAAUUGAUGCUAUUAAUCAUUGUACUGAACGAUUAGAAAUUAUCGAUAAUGAAAUUAAAAGAGCAAGACAACGCAUUUACCCCCCUAGUUCGACCGCAUUCAUCACUAUGAAAUCAGUAGCCCAAGCUCAAAUGAUUGCCCAAGCCGUUUUAGAUCCUAAAAUUAAUCAUUUAAUUACAAACUUAGCUCCUGCACCCCAUGAUAUAAUUUGGGAAAAUUUAUGUUUAACAAGAAGAGAACGAAAUUUCAGAAUCUUUUUCGUAACUUUAUUCAUUGGUUUGUUAAGUAUCCUUUUGAUUUACCCAGUCAGGUACCUUUCAAAUUUUUUAAAUACCAAAUCAAUUUCUAAAGUUUGGCCAAAAUUAGGUGAGUUUUUAAAGUCAAAUAAAACCGCUGAAAGUUUAGUUACUGGAUUCUUACCCCCUUAUGUGUUCACAAUAUUUAAUAUAAUUAUGCCGUAUUUUUAUAUUUGGAUUUCGAAAAGGCAAGGUUAUACUUCUCAUAGUGAUGAAGAAUUAUCGUCAGUUUCUAAAAAUUUUUUUUACAUUUUUGUUAAUUUAUUUUUAGUUUUCACCUUAUUUGGUACUGCUUCAUUAAGUGAUACAACUAAAAUUCCUAAUCAAUUAGCAGAAUCGUUAAAAGGCUUGAGUUUGUUUUAUGUUGAUUUAAUCAUCUUACAAGGUUUAGGCAUAUUCCCCUAUAAAUUAAUACUUCUUGGAAAUUUAUUAAAAUUUUCUUUUGGUAAUCUCUUCUGGUGUAAAACUCCAAGGGAUUACCUUAAGUUAUAUAAACCUCCGGUUUUUAAUUUCGGUUUACAAUUACCUCAACCCAUUUUAAUUCUUGUUGUUACAAUAACUUAUUCAGUUAUGUCUACUAAAAUAUUAACUGCUGGUUUGGUUUAUUUUAUUGUUGGAUAUUUUGUUUCAAAAUAUCAAUUAUUAUAUGCAUGUGUUCAUCCACCUCACUCAACUGGCAAAGUUUGGCCGUUGGUUUUUAGACGGGUCAUUUUAGGUCUUUUAAUUUUUCAAUUGACCAUGGUUGGUGUCCUUGCUCUAGAAAAAGCUUUUGUAUGUGCAUCUUUCCUAGCGCCCCUACCAAUUUUAACUUUGGGUUUCUUAUGGAACUUUCAAAAAAAUUAUAUUCCUUUGUCAAUUUUCAUUGCUCUUAGAUCCAUUGAGAAUAACGAAUUACCUUAUCAUGACGACGAAGAAUUUGUCAUCGAUUCUGCUCAAAGUGUAUCAACCUCAAACACCAAUAGAAUGAGGACGCUUGAUGAAAGACGUGAAUUCAAUCAAAGCUAUCAAUAUCCUCAUCUUGUUGAUGAUUUGGAUGGUCCGAUGAUUGCAAUCGAUGAGAAUGAAAUCUUACUUGUCAACAGCGACGGGAUGACUGUUCGUAAGGAUACACCAUUCUUUGAUGAAAGAUAUGAAUUAUGAUAAUAGAAUUUUUCUUUUUAAUUCUUUUUUUUUCCUAAAAUUAUUUUCAAUUCUUUAAUAAUUCUUUUUUAAAACGUAAUUCUAGCUUUGAAUAUACUCAAUUAUUCUGUC